CAUCAAUAUCAAAUGGUCUACAACCAAAAACAAAAAUAAAUUGCGGAAUAUUCGAAUUUCUCAAUUCUCAUAUAGGAAGAUUUACAGUUGAUGAUGGAGAUGCACACAGCAGGCACACAGUGACGGUGUGACGCAGAAGAAACUUUCCCCCACGCCUUAGUACUAAAAAAACUUCAGAUUAAUUAGAGAUGGUGGCAUUGUCCAUGACCACGUUCCCUUGGUUUGUCACUCCCUCGAACAAAACUCGGCGAGUCAACCGGUAUUCAGGCAUGGCAUUUGCAAGCAUUGAAAAUCCUUGCUUAGGAGUGAAAGUCGGCGAAGGCCUAGGAAAUUUGCCCAGAGUCACUUUGACUUCCUCUCAUGGAAGUGAGGCAGAACUAUACUUAUUUGGAGGUUGUGUUACUUCUUGGAAAGUAGGCAACAAGGAUCUCCUUUUUGUUCGGCCAGAUGCUGUGUUCAAUGGACAGAAGCCGAUUAGUGGAGGAAUCCCACAUUGUUUCCCUCAAUUUGGGCCUGGCCAAAUGCAGCAGCAUGGAUUUGCGAGAAAUAUGCACUGGUCUAUUGUUAAUUCUGAAAAUGUGGAGGGAAAUCCGACGAUAACUUUGAAGCUCAAUGAUGGUCCAUACAGCCGUUCUAUGUGGGACUACGCUUUCCAAGCUCUGUACAAGGUCACUCUGGAAAAAAAGACACUCUUGACGGAAUUGAUAGUUACAAAUACUGAUCAGAAGCCGUUUUCAUUUACAACUGCAUUGCACACCUACUUCAGUGCUUCUGUGAGUGGAGCAUCAGUUAGAGGUCUAAAAGGUUGUAAAACACUUAACAAAGAUCCUGAUCCUAAGAAUCCCAUUGAGGGUAAGGAGGAAAGGUGGGUAUAUCUCCUAUUCUGCAGUUCAAAUCCUAGAAUAGUCUGUCACACUAUGCAACAAGUAAGAAAAUACCAAGUCUAAUAAUCUAUGCUUUCAUGACACAGGGAUACAGUUACAUUUCCUGGAUUUGUAGACUGUGUCUAUCUUGAUGCUCCCCGUGAGCUUCUCCUGGAUAAUGGUUUGGGCGAUACAAUAUCCAUCAAGAAUACGAAUGUGCAGUUGGUCAGAUGCUGUACUUUGGAACCCUCAUCUAACUAUGGAAGCAUCAUAUAAAUAUUUCGUUUGCGUGGAAAAUGCCAAGGUAUAGAAAGUUUUCUCUGCUUAUAUACUUGCAUUUUCAGCCAUUUCCAGCACGCGUUACACUGAAAAGUGCCCUCUUACUUCUGGAUGUUGCCUCAGAUAGGACAGGUUCAGCUGGACCCUGAACAAUCUUGGACAGCGGUGCAGAGCUUAAUUGUUGCUUGAAGCGAAGGAGCCAUAUCUUAUUUGAGUUGGUUGGCAAUGUUUCUUCGCCAAUGUGGUGAUUGUGAUCAUUAACAUCCAGCAUAAAGAGCCACUUCUGUGAUUACCUCACAGGGAACUGACAUGGGGCAGCACUUUGCCUAGGAUAUUAGGUGUUCGUCUUAUCUGUAUAUUGAACGCGAUAAUGCUGCAGAAAAGCAUAUUCGAUAUUUCAAAUGAUCUUUCUCAAAUGAAAAAUAAUGAGAGCAUUGUAUAACUUCGGGAAAGUAAUCGGAUUCUUGCAGUAUUUUGAAUAAAGAUUGGUGCAUCCUGUUUCUUCCUCUUUCAAUUUGCAACACCUAAUAAAGAUUGGUGCAGUACAAAGGCUGAUAAGUUUUCCGAAUCCUUUUC